AGGAUUGUUUGAAUGGAGGCCUUUGCUGCUGGACUGGUUGCCAAUCUGAUUGCUGCGACGCUGCAGACUGACAUUGGUCGCAUCACUGCCGAGCGCGCGUCCAUCACGACUACUUCUACUACUACUACUACGAGUGCUGGUGCUGGAGAUGCGGUGGCCGGGAGCUCUGACGCGGUGCUCGGCGCAAUGGUCGGCGGGCUCAUUGCAGCGGUGGUCGCUGCGUCCGGACACGCCGCAGCCGCCGCGGUCGAGCCGUCGCUGCUGGCAGUGCAGUUCAGCUCGCAAGAGCAGCGCGCAGAGCACCUGGACAAGCUGGCGGGGUCGCUGCUGGACUCGCUGGUCGACGAGGUUGUUGACGAGCGCUGCGCGGCCUUCCUCAGCAGCACAGCCGCCUUCACGCAGCCCGAGACGCGCGACCACGAGCUCGAGCGCUACUGCAGCGGCUGCAUCAACGACUUGAUUGACGAUGUCAUUGCAGACGCCGCAGAGGAGGCAGCAGCAGAGUACGACGACGAUCUUGACGACGACGCCGACGCUCUUCCUGCGCCAGUCAUUGACGCGUUCGCGAAUGCAUAUGUUCGCUCCAUGCUGGACGACAUUAUUGGCGGGACGCAGUACUUGUCACCCUCGCCGCAAGGGCGGGCGAUUCUGGCGCGCUUUUCGGCCACCACCACCGCUCCAGCCCAAUCGUCGUUGGCGAACGGCAACGCUGUCUCUGCUCCUUCGUCAAGCUGCGCUCCUUCCGCGUCUGACACGGCAGUACUGCGUGGACGAAAGCGAGGCAUUUCCCACUCCAUCCGGAAGCGCAUGGCCGAUUCGCAAGUCGCCGCGUUCGCGAAUGACUACAUCCUUGCGCUCAUGUGCGAUGUGACACCGCUCGUCUGCGAUAUGAUGGCAACCCACCAACUACCACGAUCGCUCGUCGACAAGGUCACGCCGUCCACGUUAAUUCAGGCCGGCACGAUUGAGGCUCCCGUCCCUUCCUUGCACUUGGAAGUCAACGAUUCGAGAGCCUCUGAUGUGUAGAGGCGAGUUCAGCUUGAGGGUUGUCAACAAUAGUCCGCAGUCAACGCUGUGCGCCAUGAAUGAGAAUGACAUGUACUGUUGCUCGAAAUGUGUAGUUGAGUUUGCUUUUUUUUUUCUGUCUCGUUGAAUGUACCGUUCUCGUUGCUCUCGUUGAGUUCUGA